AUGCAGGGUCGUGGUGACCUGCUGGUGCAACCCAUUAGAGGCGCCAAACAACUGCUCAAUGAAAUGUCUCAUAGCAGCAGUGAAGCAUCGAUUGAUAAAAGUGACAAAAUGCUCUCUUUGACAAACAAAAAUUUUCAAAGUCGGGAAGACCUCAUUGAAGCUGCUCGUAAGAUUGCCUUUGUGCAAGGGUAUGCACUAGUUAUUAGAAGAUCUAAAUCCGAGAUAUAUGUUGUCCUUGGUUGUGAUAGAGGCGGUAAUUAUAAAAGCAGAAAAGUUCCACUAGAGGAAAGAAAAAAGAAAUCAGCAUCUCGCCUCAUAAACUGUCCAUUUGAAAUUUGGGGCAAAAAGAAAAGGAAACUUCAAGGAUUUUGGAAGUUGGAGAUUAAAAGUUUGUUGCAUAAUCAUGAACCUUCAACGGACAUGUCUGGACAUCCCUAUUGUCGUCGAUUUUCAAAUGAGGAAAUUAUGCGGAUUAAAGAAAUGUGUAUGGCUGGUAUACCACCGCGCCAAAUUCUCUCUUCACUUCGACAGAGCAAUCCUCAUCUUCAAGCAAUUUCCAAAACAUUACAAUAA